ACCACCACGUCCUAAAGAGCCCAGAAAAGGUCUAUUGUCAUGGGGCUUAAUGUGUUCCUUGUCAUUUUGUCAGUCACCUGCAGCUUACAAACCGGCCUCCCAUACCAGUACCAUUUUGUGAUGUUGAAAAAAAAUUGGACAGAAGCACAAGGCUACUGCCAGGAGAAGUACACUGAUCUGGCCACCAUUACCAAUUCACAAGACCUGAGUUCACUGAUGAAUGCUACAGUAGUGAACUCCAGUGAAGAGGCCUGGAUUGGACUUUACAAUGACAUUAACAGCUGGAGGUGGUCCCUAUCUGAUGAGUAUUUCUAUGCAAAGACCUGGUAUGAGGCUCAAAAAUACUGCCGAACAUAUUAUAAAGACUUGGCCAGCGUGAGGAACCAGACAGAGAAUGACCAGAUCAAGAACAUGAUCCAGGGUUCUGGUGUUAUCUGGAUUGGGCUAUUCAGAGACAGCUGGAAGUGGUCAGAUGGAAAUAAUGUCUCAUUCCACAUCUGGAACUCAGGACAGCCUGAUAAUGAAUAUGGAAAUGAUGAAAACUGUGCUGUGGCUUUGCUAAAUCAGCUUGGUCAUUGGAAUGAUAUAAAUUGCACAUAUGCGCUUCCAUUUUUCUGCUAUAUUGGUGAGUAG